AUGAUGUCGGCACUGGCAAAGACUGCCGGAGCCAGACGCAACCCGUAUCCGGAAGGUGCUCAUGAGCUUCAAUUUUCGCUGGAGGAAGAUGGGGCAUUCACCGAGUGUCGCUUGAAGACCUUAGUUCUUGACGAGGUACCAGAGGCUGCGCCGGCUUUCCUGGCUCCCGGCGAGAGGCCAAGCAGCUUCCGAGCCAAGCAGGCCGAGGUGUGGUUCGCAGCCCUCAGCGAGUUUCAGGAGCUGGAUGCGUCGGAUGUCGUACUUAAGGUGACAUUUCGCACGCCUGCAGACUCACCCGAAGCUCCUGCGGUCAUACUGAAGGCCAACACCAUUGGCAGCGAUGCCGAGGUGGAGUUGGCGCACAGCAGUUUGGAAGAGAUCGAACUAGCAGAACAAGCUGCGACAGCCGGGGAAAUCACCCACAGGUCUACCAUGAGCCGCUGGCUCCUUGCGGCCGUGGCGCCGAGCCUCGUGAUAGGCAAAGUGAAGAUCGAGGCCAUGGAGCAUGACAUCAUCCAGAUCCAGGCAUCCACAUUCGAUGGCAUCAUCUCGAAAUUCAGAGACAGUUCUGUGAGCAGUCUGUGGUUCUUCAAGGACGAUGGCAAAGACGAUGGUAAGUUUCUGGAUGAGUACAACAAGGUAGCCUCUGACAUGAAGGGCAUGGCCAAAGUUUGUGCCAUCAACUGCAACGAGUACUCCGUGUUCUGCGACAAGCAGGGCGUUAAGGAGACUCCGGCCGUCAUGAUCUACCCCCCAAACCCGGUGCCUGCCUUCAAGUUAGAGGGCAAGCUGGAGGGCAAGGCAGUCUUCAACAAGCUCGCCAAAUUCAUGCCAGACCAGACCGAAAGACUCACCAAGGAUAACGUCGACAAGUUCCUGACAACGGAUGUGACGAAGCCGAAGGCGCUGCUCUUCUCCAAUAAAAAAUCCGUCCCUCUGAUGUGGAAGGCCGGAGCACUGGCCUUCGUAUUCAAGCGAACAGUGAAGUUUGGCUUCGUGACGGAGGAUCAGUCGGACAUUGUCCAGCGAUUCAAGGUGAAGAAGUUUCCCACUGUGCUCAUACAACAGGGGGCAAAGGGAGAGAAGAAGGAUACAUAUUCCGGAGAAUUCAACUUCUUGGCCUUGAAAGACUGGGUCAACUUGCAUUCUGAGUCCGGAAUGGGAGACAAGGUGUCGAGCCCAGGAGGUGCGAAGGAAGAGACCGCCGAGGAGGCCAAGCCUUGGUUGGUGCAGGAAGUGCCAGAGCUCACCGUGAAAUCCCACCAGGACGUUUGCUUCAAAGGCGAGGGUCUCUGUGUCAUCUUCCUGAAGGAUGGUGAAGCUUCCCAGGCUGAGAUCGACAUGCUCACAGGUCUGUCCAAGAAGUACACUUCGCAGCUGAGCGACCGUGGUGCCAAGAUGAAGUGGAUGUGGAUGAAUUUGAAUGUAGAGAAGGCUUACAAGGACUUGUUCAAAGCUUCGCAGCUGCCAUCUGCUGCGGUCUUCAAUCCUCACAAGAGGCUUCGCUUCACACUGCUGGAUCAUGGCGAAGAUGGUGAGGUGAAGGGCGACGAGCAGGGCAUCAUCAAGCUCUUGGAUAAAGUGCUAGGAGGCGAUGCACGCUUCACGAUGGUUCCGGGCCAGAAGCUGCCAGCUUGGGCCCAGCGCGAGGCGCCUGCAAAGAAGGCCCAGCCGCCUUCUGCAGAGGUUUCGGUGACUAGUGUUAGGAUUCUUAUUGUCAUAAAAACUAUGACUGUUACUGUUUUUGUUCUUCAUAUCCAUAUUACGACGGUCCUCAAUCAUAGUCGUAAUGGCAAUCGUAGUCGUACAAUGUCUUACAGUCAGAAUCCCAAUCAGAAUUCGAAUCAGAGUCCUAAUCAUUUUCCUAGCCCUCAUCCUCAUCCUCAUCCUCCUCCGCCUCAUCAUCAUCGUCAUCAUCAUCAGCAUCAUCAUCAUAGUCAUCAUCAUUGUGAUAGUAUUAGUAAUUGUUUUGUUGUAGUAAUAGUAAUAGUAAUAGUGAUAGUGAUAGUGAUAGUGAUAGUAUUAGUAAUAGUAAUAGUAAUAAAAUAG